AUGGCCGACUAUGCUCCACCUCCCGUAUGCGCGCUUGGGAUCACUAGGCAACAAGACUUAUCACUAACAAGCUCUCAGGGCCCCCCUCCGCCUCGCGUUCCUGAAGGCUGGAAGGCGCAGUGGAAUGAUCAGUACAAGGAGUGGUUCUACGUGAACCUGCACACCAAGCAAUCCCAAUGGGAGAAGCCCACUGAACCUGCCUAUCCUUCAUCAGGCGGCCCACCUCCAGGCGCUCCUCCCGGCUACGACAGCCACCAGCCUCAGAACACCGGGCCUGAGAAGGGUGGCUACGCCUCGAACAACCCUUACGGCGGCUCCUCGAUCCACUCAGGUGGCUCAUCACACAAUGUCAACGACGAUGAGGCUUUUGCCCGCAAGCUCCAAGCCGAGGAAGAAGCUCGCGCCCGCCAAUCUGGCCAACCCGCAUCCCGUGGCGCAUCCGACAGCUACUACAGCUCUGGAGCCCCUCAGUACCAGUCUCAAACUCCCCAAUACCAAUCUCAAACGCCUCAGUACCAGUCUCAGUCCCAACCUCAGUAUUCCAACGAGCUGCCGCCCCGCGACCAGGACCGUGGUAAGAAGGGCGGUCUCUUUGGCAAGCUGCUUGGUAAGACCUCAGGUUCGAGCUCACGUCCCCCGCAAGGCUACGGCCAGCAGGGCUAUGGUCAGCAAGGCUAUCCUCAACAGCAAUACGGCGGAUACCCUCAGCAAGGCUAUGGAGGUUACCCGCCUCAGCAGGCGUACGCACAGCAGCCGCAACGCAAGCAUGGUGGUAUGGGCGGCAUGGGCGGCAUGGCUUUGGGUGCUGGUGCCGGUCUGCUCGGUGGCGCUCUCUUGAUGGACGGCAUCGACCACAUGGAAGACAAUGCUUACGAACAAGGCUACGAGAAUGGAGGCGGCGGUGAUGACUAUGGCAAUGACUUCGGCGGCGGUGACGACUUUGGUGGCGGUGACUUCUAA